AUGCUGCUUCUUCCAAAGUCUCCAGCGAUUGGGCAAAUAAUAAGAUCGAAACUCGGAUCCGGUUUAAUACGGAGCCGUUCACCAAUUAUAUUGUCUGUAUCAAGGUUAUCAACCCAGAGGCCUUUAUUAUUCAAUUCAGUCGGAAAUUUAUGGAACCAAGCACAAAAGGAUCCAAGUCACAAAGAGUCGAUUGGGCUUCCCCCCUCAGCUUUAAAGGUGAAAGCCCAGGUAAAAAAGGUCAGCAAGGCCCCAACUCUCUCAGAGUUGAAAAUCUUGAAAGAUCUUUUUCGUUAUAUUUGGCCUAAAGAGAACAAUAAAGUAAGAGUAAGGGUGUUGGUUGCACUUGGACUGUUGAUAUCUGCGAAAAUUUUAAACGUUCAGGUGCCUUUUUUUUUUAAGCAAACCAUUGAUUCAAUGAAUAUAGCAUGGGACGAUCCUACAGUUGCGCUUCCUGCAGCUAUUGGAUUAACCAUUCUCUGCUACGGUGUCGCAAGGUUUGGUUCUGUUUUAUUUGGUGAGUUAAGAAACGCUGUUUUUGCUAGGGUAGCGCAAAAUGCUAUCAGAACCGUAUCACUGCAAACUUUCCAGCACCUUAUGAAGUUGGAUUUGGGUUGGCAUUUGAGUAGACAAACUGGUGGUUUAACGAGAGCUAUGGAUAGAGGUACAAAAGGUAUAUCUCAAGUCCUAACUGCCAUGGUAUUUCAUAUUAUUCCGAUCAGUUUUGAAAUAUCUGUAGUUUGUGGGAUCUUGACGUAUCAAUUUGGUGCGUCAUUUGCUGCCAUAACAUUUAGUACAAUGCUUUUGUACUCCAUGUUCACUAUAAAGACAACAGCAUGGAGAACGAAAUUUAGAAGAGACGCUAACAAGGCCGAUAAUAAAGCUGCCAGUGUGGCGUUAGACUCUUUGAUUAAUUUUGAGGCGGUGAAAUACUUUAAUAAUGAGAAAUACCUCUCAGAUAAGUACAAUAGUUCAUUGAUUAGCUAUCGAGACUCUCAAAUCAAGGUAUCACAAUCGCUAGCCUUUUUGAACUCCGGUCAAAACUUGAUUUUUACUACUGCCUUAACAGCUAUGAUGUAUAUGGGCUGUACUGGUGUUAUUGGUGGAAACUUGACAGUAGGUGACUUGGUAUUAAUCAAUCAGUUGGUUUUUCAGCUAUCGGUGCCGCUAAAUUUCCUGGGUAGUGUUUACAGAGAUUUGAAGCAGUCUUUAAUUGAUAUGGAAACUUUGUUCAAGUUAAGGAGAAAUGAGGUUAAAAUAAAGAAUGCAGAACGCCCUUUAAUGCUACCAGAACAUGUACCUUACGACAUUACUUUUGAGAACGUCACGUUUGGGUAUCAUCCGGAUAGAAAGAUUUUAAAGAAUGCUAGCUUCACUAUCCCAGCAGGCUGGAAAACGGCAAUAGUUGGGUCAUCAGGCAGUGGUAAAUCCACAAUUUUGAAGUUAGUCUUCAGAUUUUAUGAUCCUGAAAGUGGAAGGAUCCUUAUAAACGGUCGCGACAUCAGGGAAUAUGACAUAAAUGCAUUAAGAAAGGUGAUCGGUGUAGUACCACAAGACACACCACUUUUCAACGACACCAUCUGGGAAAAUGUGAAAUUUGGCCGUAUUGACGCAACGGACGAAGAAGUGAUGACUGUUGUAGAGAAAGCUCAAUUAGCGCCUUUAAUAAAAAAACUCCCACAGGGAUUUGACACUAUCGUAGGCGAGAGAGGGUUGAUGAUUAGCGGUGGUGAAAAGCAAAGGCUGGCAAUCGCAAGGGUACUAUUGAAAAAUGCAAAGAUCAUGUUUUUUGAUGAGGCCACAAGUGCGUUGGAUACACACACAGAGCAAGCCCUAUUACGUACUAUUAGAAGUAAUUUUACGUCUGGUUCGAGAACAAGUGUCUAUAUCGCACAUAGAUUGAGGACCAUUGCGGAUGCGGACAAGAUCAUUGUCCUUGACAACGGAAGAGUAAGGGAGGAAGGUAAGCAUCUUGAACUUUUGGCGACGCCAAAUUCGUUGUACCGCGAAUUAUGGACCAUACAAGAAGAUCUAGAUCAUUUAGAAAAUGAACUUAAAGACGAAUAA